AUGACCACUGUUAGGACCCUCAUAACCUUGGCUGUUAAGAAGGGGUUAAAUUUGUAUCAAUUAGAUGUCAAUAAUGCCUUCCUUCAUGGUGACUUAAAUGAGGAAGUGUCUAUGACAUUGCCACAAAGUCUUGCAGUGGACAGUCAAAAUAUGAGGAAGGGAGAUUCUUUAGUGUUUGUUGCCAUAUAUGUAGAUGAUGUGAUCUUAACUGGAACUGAUUUGGAGAAAAUCAACUCUUUGAAAUCCUUUUUGCAUGAUCAAUUCAAGAUAAAUGAUCUAGGUAGACUGCACUACUUCUUGGGGGUUAGAAAUAUUGUACAGGCUGAUGGAGUUCUCAUUUCACAAAGGAAGUUCACCACUGACCUCCUGAAAGAGUUUGAUUCUUUUAACUGUAAAGUUGCAACCUCACCACUUGAUUAUACUGAGAAGUUAAAGGCCAUAGAUGGGGAACUAUUGUCAGAUCCUACCCAUUACAGGAAGUUGAUAGGGAAACUUAACUUUUUUACAAAUACUAGGAUGGAUAUAGCUUAUAGUGUGCAGCAUCUCAAUCAAUUCAUGAAAACUCCUAGAGAACCACACUUGAAAGCUGGUUAUCAUGUCCUUAGAUACUUGAGACAAGAUCCUACAAUGGGAAUCUUCAUUUCAAACAAGCCUAACCUUACUAUAAGUGCCUAUUGUGACUCAGAUUGGGCUGCAUGUCCUGAUUCAAGCAAGUCAGUUAGUUAG